AGCCUCUAUGACUUCGUGAUAUGGCAUGACACAACAACAACGAUGCGCGAUCACAUGGCCUUUAGUCUUUCACAUGACAACCGAUUGGAUUCACCCCAGCACUACUUGCUCUGCUUUAUUUCAUCCUAAUAGGAUAUUGGACUUUGGAUUCGCUGUCAUCCCUCUAGGUUACUAUCUCCUGCCUUUUUUUCUUGGCUGUCCAUGCUCCCUGGCCGGGAAGAGUCUAAACCCACACAGCUCUACGUCCCUUGAUACACUUCGUGAAUAACAAAGACCCUUUGAAGCCUCAGACGAUCAGGAGACUCUUCAGUGAUGGCUUCACACAGCAACACUGGUGCAAACAGCCCUAAAAGUCAUCGCCAUAACCCUUCCACUUCAUCUGCUGUAUCGUUUCCUCCAGCUUUGUCCCAGCCGGGCGGUGGUGGUGGGACCCAUAUGAGCCAAUCUGCCAUACCCUUCCCUACGCGCUACGAUAGCGUUGCUACAUCCUCUGACAUGGUGCACCAUCGAAAUGCUAGCAUGCUGUCUUUCCCUGGAACUGGGCGAUUAUCUAUCAAUCGUGCAAGCGCGUUGGAAUUGCACGACCUUAUAUACGGUAGUUCUAUUCUACGAGAUGGCCCUUCUGGGGACGCUCGAGCCACCAUUGAGAGACUAUAUGAAAGGGAUGCUGUCUAUUCAAACCCCUUAUUGACGGCGAGCAGUGGAGAUGUGAUCAAGGAUAUCCAUUCUCUCGUGCACGCCUUCACGGCUUUCUCACUUCCAACACCCUUGUCAUUAUUCAAGCGUAUGCUCCGCAGCAAAGCCGAGACCGAAUGGCUCAAUAUUGCAAGGGUUUGGAGCGAAGUCGGUGAUGUAAUGGAGAGCGACGUAUAUGAUGGUCAUCGUAAAGUGAUCAUUGAGCACACCGUAUAUUUGUUAUUCUUCCCCGAUAUCUUCGCUCCUGAUUCUGCACCCACUCAAUCCGACCUCCUUCGCUUCAGCAGUACAUCUUCCACUAUCUCAAGUUCCACAACUACACCCGGUGACACCACACCCACAUCAUUCCGUAAUCUUUCCCUCUAUUCACAUCCUAGUCAACAUCAUCUUCAUCAUACUCCACAAAAGCAAACAAUUUCUUCCACAGCUCGUGCACUCCUCUCACUUUGUAGGCGCGUGACUCUCCCGGUUCACACCCGAUUGAUGUUCAAUGAAUCCGGACGGGUGGUUCAUCAUCAGGAUGUUUGGGAUGUGAAAGAUGUAGUGAGGAUGAUACCCGGAAUGAGCGUCAUGCAGUGGGCUGGGUCAAGGUUACUCGCGGGCGCCCUUAGCAGAGGGUAUGGGUUAUAUGAAACCAUCGUGACAGUAGCUGGUGACAACGGAAAUGGGUCAAAGCGAGUUUCGGGUGAAGUGGAGGAUGAGGAGAAAUUGGGCUUGUUGGAGGCGAGAGCGACUGAUGAAAGCGCGACUCCAUCGGCGGGUAAUGCUUUAGGAUUGAACCUAAGUGAUGCGAGUGAGAGAGCAGCGAAUAUUCAGUCGGGAAGGAUGAGAGCGCCCGACAUUGACGUCUCGGCGCCGAGUCCUUAGAUUUUGUAGGGCUAUUACCUUUGAUAACAGACAUUUUCCCUCCGUGUGGCGCAAGGUAGGAUGUAUGUAAUGCAGACAAGCGGACAUACCGUUACACCUUAGUAUGCCCUAUGUAUAACUCCAAGACGAUACUUGUGUCCAACUGCAAAGCCGAAACAGCCUACAGUGAAGGUGAUCGACCAGGAACCCUUGGGCCGUGCGCCGCUUCGUCCAAUAAUGAUAUCCUAUCUUACUGAGCCCUAACGAUGGUACAGAUACAAUGAAUAUUGUGGAAACGGGGGAAGGGAACAGUGGGAUUUCAAGUGUACUGCUACAUAAGGAAAAGUUGUCAGGGGCCAGGGGCUGAGGAUAACCCCGAGAUAUC